AUGUCAGAGAGUGAUCUUAAACGUUUUACAUCGGAAAAACGAAAGAAAACAUCAGACAAUGAUGAAGGGUUAGAACCACUAAGGGAAAUGUCGAAAACAACUAUAUCAGGCGGACAACAAGUAUAUCAGGCUCGGCAACCACAAAGUCCCGAAGAUGAUCAACAAAAACAACCGAAGCGACAGUUCGAUGUAAUAGCAAUUGGCAGCGGACCAGGAGGCUACACGGCAGCUAUUCGAUGUGCUCAGUUAGGAAUGUCUGUGGCUAUUGUCGAACGAGAUCUGAUUGGAGGACACGCCGUUAAUUGGGGUUGUGUUCCGUUGAAUGCCAUGAUUGCAUCUGCUCGGAUUGUUCGUACCGUAAGAGAAUCAAAUCUUUACGCUAUCGAUAUUCCAGCUCAUCGUAUUGAGUUUCCACGUAUUGCUAGAAGACGAGAUGAAGCUGUGAAAAACGUUCGGCAACAAGUAAAAAGUUUUCUUCAAAAGUACAAUAUUCAAGUUUAUAUUGGCAUAGCUGAAUUACUCGAUGAACAUCGGAUUAUGGUGAGAUCAGUUAAAAAAUAUCCGUAUGCAAAUGUGUACGAUAGUGAAGGCAGAUCACCAUAUGAGACUGAUAAUUUUUUACCUGUACAAAAUAAUACGGUGAUCUAUGGUAAAAAUAUUGUGAUUAGUACUGGUGUUGAUUAUGAAUUUCCAAAAUUUGUUGAAACAAAUGAUAAAAAAUCAGUUGAUACAACACAUUUAUUAUGGAACAGAACGGUUCCUGAAACAUUGACGAUAAUUGGUGGAGGGGUGUUAGGAUGUGAAAUAGCCUCACUGUAUUCACUUUUGAUGUCAAAAGUCACAUUAUUAGAAAAAAAUUCACGUCUACUAAAAAUAAUGGAUGAAAGUGUAUCGCUAGCUGUUGAAUCACGCCUAAAAGAGUUUGGUGUUAAAGUACUUUUGAAUGUUGAUGUUGAAAAAGUGUCGAAAGGUGAGGUUUUUUAUCGUAAUAAACAAUUGGAUACUACUCAAACAUUGACAGCGCAUCGAGUUGUUAUAUGUACUGGCCGAAAACCUUCGUUUGAUUAUGAUCUAUUGAAAAAAAUUGGUAUUGCAGUUGAUAAGGAAAAUUCUAGAAUAGUCGUUGAAGAAGAUACAUGUCGAACAACAAAACAAAAUAUUUAUGCUUGCGGCAGUGUUGUGAGUUCAUGUUGGUCUUGGAUACCGUGCGCAAUAAGACAGGGGCAUUUAGUAGCCAACGCAAUUUGUAAGAAUAGAAUCAUUGAAUAUGAUAGAGAAAGCCAGUUUCAAAUAUCAAUUAAUUCAGCGGCGCCCUACGUCAUCAACGUAAUACCGGCCGUAGCUGGUGUUGGUUCCGUUCCUGAGUUUGAGGACGAUUGUCUCGUAUUCACUUUUGAUUUUAAAUCCAAUCGACGAGCUAUUAUAGACGGUCAAUUAUGGGGCUUUGUCAAAAUGUGGGUUUCUAAAGAUGAACCAAAAAAACUGUUUGCUGUUCAACUAGUACAUGAAUCAGCUGCAGAAAUUAUCGAAUAUUAUGGUAUGAUUAUCUCGUUGAAUUUAUCGUUACAUGAUGUUUGUUUACUACCAUUCGCACAUCCAACCUAUUCUGAAUCAGUUAAACAAGCCUGUGAAUAUGUUCUUGGGCGAUCGAUUGAAUAUGAGGGAGCAUACUUGAACUAA